AAUUUUUCCUAAUGUUAACUGUAAAACAAUGACAUCCGUGACAGCCUAAAUUUUACCUUAAUUGUCCUUGAUCAUGUUCAACACAAAAUUACCAAUUACUCUUUAAUUACAUACCAAUUACUAACUUGCAUCUCAAUUAUGAUAACAGUGUAUCUCAGUAAUUAACUUAAUUUAAACAUGAACUGUUAAAUACUUAUACUCAUGACAUGCUAUCAUUAACAAUGGCUAGACAUAGGAUGCUUACUUUCCUAUCCAUCCUGCUAAUUCUGCAAAAUUUAGGCCUGGGACAGAAUGAAGAGCCAAAGUGUGUUUCAAGUUUUCACUCUAACUAUCACAUGUUACAGAAGAUAGUACAGCUGGAACAGAAACUGAUCAACCUUGAAGCAGAAAACACAAAACAACAACAGCUAAUAGACAGGAUGACAACAGAAGGAGCUGGAUCAGUGUAUGUGAGAUGGGGAAGGAAUAGUUGUCCUCAAGAUGCAACCCUUGUUUAUACAGGUUAUACUGGAGGUAAAUACUACAAUGAAGCAGGCAGUGGGAGCGACACGCUGUGUCUACCAUCUGACCCAACAUGGUCUAAUUACACUGACGGGAAUGCCAGUUGUUGCCGAGGACAUGUCUAUGGAUCUGAGAUACAUGUUGAGGAACCGAGCAAGAUAUUUCCGUAUAAGGUUCAUACACAAGACAUGCCUUGCGCUGUGUGUAAGACUUUGAAAUCAACAACACUCAUGGUUCCGGCCAGGUCAAACUGUUAUCCUGGCUGGAAAAUGGAAUAUACCGGAUAUAUCAUGGCUAAUUUCUAUGCUCAUGCUGGACCACACAACCAUAUCUGUGUGGACAGUCAACCAGAGUUUGUUCCUAAUGGUGGUGAAUAUAAAUUACACCAUUUACUAUAUCUCAUGGAAGCUCAGUGUGGUUCACUGCCAUGCCCCCCUUACGUUCAAGGCCGUGAACUAGCCUGUGUUGUCUGUUCUUUAUAAUCAAACAAUACAUGCAGACAAAAAAAGAAGAACAUUUUUAAAGCUGCUUUUAUUGAGUGCAGUUCUCUAGCUUAUUACCUGUGGCACAGUUUCAGUUAAUCAACAAAGUCUUAGUAUUAAGCAUGAUUUUAGUGUAGCUGUACAAACACUUACUUGAAAUAUAUGUUCAAAUAAAAUUUCUGAUUAUUUAUUUAUUUAUUUACUUAAAAAAGUAAGAAUGUUGUUAUGCAGAGACUUUGAAAUCCAAUACGGGUUGUACACUCUGCAUGCCACUUGUAUGAGAUUAAACAAUUGAUGCUCAUUUUAUGAAAAUCCUUCCAAUGGUUAAGAAGAUAUGGAGCAAACACAAAUUUAAACUAUUCUAUUUAUGACCUCAAGUGUGACCUUGACCAUGAACUUAAAGGCCUGGGUCAUAUGCUCUGCACAACAUCUUGAUGAGGCUGCCAACUGAUCCUCGCUUAAUGAAAAUCUUUCAAGCCAUUAAGAAGACAUGGAGUCGACAGGAUGGACAGAUGGACCAACUGACAGACAUGACUCAAAAAUAGCACUGUAAACAAACUAUAUGGGGGUAUAAUUUGAAUCUAUGGAAAUCUAACUCCACAAAAGAAAAUAUACUUCCCAGAUCUUUAAAUCUACUAUGCAUAAAAAUCACACAUCUGAAUAAAUACACCAAAACUCACAUUAUCAGGGA